AGUGUUUAGCUUUAUCGCACCGCUUAGGACGUUACGUAACCAUGACGCUGCAGUCAGACGCAAUACAGAGAGCAGCAGCUGACGAGUGUGUUACGGAAUCUACGUUGGGCUGCAGGCAGUACGUGCUACUUUCACCUCGUCCGGAACAGCCAUGUCGCCGUUGACUCUCUACAACAGCAACCUGAGCAUCCCGUGCCGCUUAGUUCGUCUCGUGGCUGGUGCUGUUGGAGUCGAUCUGAAAAUUGUUAAUGUCAAUCCGAGGGUUGAUCUGAGGACGCCUGAAUGGUUGAAGAGAAAUCCACAACACACAGUUCCGGUACUGGAAGAUAACGGCUUGUGGCUUACUGAGAGCCGCGCUAUAUCCAUGUACAUCGUCUCAAAAUAUGCAAAAGACGACUCUCUGUACCCGAAAGAUGUGAACAAACGUGUUCUCGUCGACCAAAAGCUGUUUUUCGAUCAAGAUCUAUUCAACAGAUUGGCCAGCGUUUUCCGGCCACAAAUUUUUGGCACAUCGUUGGAUCCCAGCAGUGUGGACAAAGUAAACGACAGUCUAGAGAGCCUGACACGAAUGCUGGAAGACAAACAGUGGUUGGCUGGAGAGAAGAUCUCCCUUGCAGACUACGCUGUAGCUAUUACUCUUGCUGGAGUUGAGCUCGCUCCAGAGGCUGCUGGACUUGACCUCAUGAAAUACUCUAACAUCAAGCAGUGGCUUUCACGUUUUGAAGGUUGCACUCCACAGAUUUUUGAACAUCGCAAAGGAUUACGUGAAGCUCUCGUGCAAAGACUACAGUCAGUAAAGUAAAUUACGUAAUAAGAAUUUGUAAAUAUACUAUUUUGCUGAAAUAAAUCUCCUGUGUUCCUAA